GGGGCGGGAGGCGGAGCGAAGGCGUAGGGGCGGCGUCACCGCGGGCUUGGGGCGGCCGGCGGCUAGCGGAGGCGGCCGAGUCGGUGGUCCUGGCGUGAUGGCUGCUUCGGUGUUCUGCUGCCUGCGGUGCUGCAGGGACGGCGGGACGGGACACAUCCCUCUGAAGGAGAUGCCGGCGGUGCAGCUGGACACGCAGCACAUGGGAACAGAUGUUGUCAUUGUAAAAAAUGGAAGAAGAAUAUGUGGAACAGGAGGUUGUUUAGCCAGUGCCCCUUUACAUCAAAACAAAAGCUACUUUGAAUUCAAAAUCCAGUCCACAGGAAUAUGGGGUAUUGGCGUCGCAACUCAGAAAGUUAACUUGAAUCAGAUUCCUCUUGGCCGAGAUGCCCACAGUCUGGUGAUGAGGAAUGAUGGAGCCCUAUACCACAACAACGAGGAGAAAAACAGGCUGCCAGCAAACAGCCUCCCACAGGAGGGAGACGUGGUGGGUAUUACAUAUGACCAUGUAGAAUUAAAUGUAUAUUUGAAUGGAAAAAAUAUGCAUUGUCCAGCAUCAGGUAUACGAGGGACAGUGUAUCCGGUUGUUUAUGUUGAUGACAGUGCAAUUUUGGAUUGCCAGUUCAGUGAAUUUUAUCACACUCCUCCACCUGGUUUUGAAAAAAUAUUAUUUGAACAGCAGAUCUUCUGAGUGUAUUUGUUUUUGAAACUUGUGUUUCUGCACUUUUAAAAGUGUUUACCGUUUAAUAAAGCUUUACCUGACCUGUA